AAGAAAACAAAGUCAAUAUUUUUUUUGACAUCUUCAUUGUUUUGGCUUCAGAGUAUGCUAAAAAUAACAAAAACAAUCAACCAAAUAAAGGUCUAAGUUAUCUCCAACAAGCUGAUUACGACAACAAGGGAACCCGAGAUUAUGAUCAUCGUAUGCUAAAGAGUUGAAAGAAGGAAGGUGCAAAGGGUGGAAAGAUGGUGGCAGGUGGGGAUCACGACCUGCAGCAAUGGAAUGCACAAGGGUCCGAUGCUCGCCACGAAAAAAUAUUUGUAUCAGUUAGAUUAAGGCCUCUCAAUGAAAAGGAAAUUCAAAGCAAUGACUUUGCGGAUUGGGAGAGCAUCAACAGCACAACCAUUUUGUUCAAGAAUGGCCUUGGUGAACGGUCUACGAAUCCGAAUGCCUAUAAUUUUGACAGAGUAUUUGGUCAUAACGACUCUACAAGGAAAGUUUACGAGGAAGCAGCCAAAGAAAUUGCUCUCUCUGUUCUCAAUGGCAUUAACUCUAGCGUCUUUGCUUAUGGACAAACAAGCAGUGGGAAGACCUUCACAAUGAACGGAAUUACACAUUAUGCUGUAGCAGAUAUCUAUGAUUACAUAGAACAGCAAAAGGAGCGUGAAUUUGUGUUGAAGUUCUCAGCCAUUGAAAUCUAUAAUGAACUUGUUAGGGACCUUCUAAGCACGGACACUAAUCCUCUCCGACUUCUGGAUGAUCCUGAGAGAGGUACAGUUGUUGAGAAGUUAACCGAAGAAACUCUCCAAGAUAAGAGCCAUCUUCUAGAGCUCAUUGCUGUAUGUGAAGCUCAAAGACAGACGGGAGAGACUUCUCUGAAUGAAGCCAGCUCUAGAUCUCAUCAAAUCCUCAGACUGACGAUUGAAAGCUCUGCUCGUAGAUUUGGUGGUGGAAAUUCAAGUAUUCUUGCCGCAAAUGUGAACUUUGUGGACCUUGCAGGAAGCGAGCGUACUUCUCAGACAUUAGCAACUGGUGCAAGAUUGAAAGAAGGUUCCCACAUAAAUCGAAGUUUGUUAACUCUUGGAAAAGUUAUUCGCACAUUAAGCAAGGGAAAGAAUGGGCACAUUCCUUAUCGAGACUCCAAGUUAACACGUAUACUACAAAACUCUUUAGGAGGAAAUGCAAGAACUGCCAUUAUAUGUACCAUGAGCCCUGCUCACAGUCAUCUAGAACAAUCAAGAAACACCCUCUUAUUUGCAAGUUGUGCAAAAGAAGUUAGCACCAAUGCACAGGUUAAUGUGGUAAUGUCUGACAAAGCAUUGGUGAAGCAGCUAAGGAAAGAAUUGGCCAAAUUAGAGAGCGAUUUGAAGAAUAUGCCCAUGGUUUCUUCCAAGGGCGAUGUUGCAGCUGCUCUGAGAGAGAAAGAAAUUCAGAUAGAAAAGAUGGACAAAGAAAUAAAAGAACUCAGUAGACAACGUGACCUUGCUCAAACAAAGGUGGAAGAGCUGCUACAGUCAAGCAAAAAGGAGGUUUCAAAACCACAGGAUGAUGAAUAUGACCAUCAUAGAAUUGAUUCACGGGAUAAAUUAUCAUGGUUUGACGAUACAUCAGAAAUAUCUGACGGAUCAGAUUACCGGCGUCUUGAUGCAGACCUGGCAACUUCUGAAUCCUUUCAGUAUCUUGAUCAACAGGACAAUUUUGACCUUAGCACUCAACGGUCUGAUCUUCUAGAAAACAUUUACCUUCUGCCAAAUGAAUCCUCACUGCAACCACUGGACGACACCACACUAGAUUUCACUCCUGUUGAUCUGUCACUAAGCUGGGGGGAAAUGGGCAGCACUGGCAACAUCAGAAGAAGAAUCGAUGAAGACGAUGAAGAUAACUGCAAGGAGGUUCGUUGUAUUGAAGUUGAAGAAAGAAGCAUUAGCAAGAAUUCUGAAUCAUCAGUUCCUGUAAUGAUUUCUCCUCGAGAGAAAGAAAUUCAGGAAGAGGGUAUCGUAAAAGAUGUGCAUGAAAGAGAGCAUACGAUAUCAGAUGAAAUAGAGAGUGAAGAGGAGAAAGAAAAUGAAAAUGAAAAAGAAAGAUUUAAUGUCAAAGAAAAGAAGUAUGCCAUAUCAGCUGGAAAGAAUGAAGAUAAUGAGACACCACAUUCUGCUGCUGAGUAUGAUGCACCAGUGACUGAAAAGAAUGAAGAAAAGGAGUCGCAUCACUGUGAUUCUGAACACGAUCAAUUGGUAAAAAGGAUCAAGGAACUCCAAAGGACUAUUGACAUGCUUGUUAACCACAAUCCCUUGGGAAAUUUCUCUCCUUGUUCCAUCGACUCAGAGAGAUUGAGCAACAAAGGGUCGAGCUUCAGCAGAAGCAGAAGCUGCAAGGCAAUUCUUACAUCAAACCCCGCCUCAUCUAUCAUUUUCGAUAAGGUAGUCCUCCAUUCUAGGGACUUAUCAUUUGCUGGAUUUGGUGAAGAGAUAAGCUCGGAAAGACCAAAGGGCUUGCCUCGAUCAGAUCACAUUCCUACGGGUAAUGGAAAGCCUUCGAGAUUUGGCCUCCCUAUACCUUCUAUAAGGAAUGCAAUAAUGAACGAAAUGGAACGGGAUGCUAAGAACUCAGAUGUCAGUGAUGCUUCCAGCUUUUACAGCUCUGCUGUAGAAACAAAUGGAAAUGCCGAACAUGAGUCUGGCAAGCAAAUGGGAUAUGAGAUGGAUGGUAACAAAGUUGAGGAGGAAAACGAACCAAAGGACAGUGAAUCUAGUGAAAGUGCAAGAGAUGUUUCUUCAUAUGUGAUGAGGGUAAGGGAUUCCAUGUCAGAAGGAGCGAUGAGCACUGCACAAUCCCCAGCAAACUGGUUCGAAGAAUUUGAGAGUCUACGGUUCAAGAUAAUUGAACUUUGGCAUGCUUGCCAUAUACCAUUAGUCCACAGAACCUAUUUUUACUUGCUGUUCAAGGGUGAUACAUCUGAUAAGAUUUACUUAGAGGUAGAACUCCGAAGGCUGUCUUUCAUCAAAAACAGGUUUGAUCAAGGCCAGAAGAUUGUUGUGGAUGGUGAAGUUUCUACACCAUCUUCAAGCAUGAGGGCAUUGAAUCAAGAAAGGGAGAUGUUAAUGAGGCAAAUGUACAAGAAAAUUCCAGUACAAGAGAGGGAGUCAAUCUUCGAGCAGUGGGGGAUCACAAUGAACAGCAAGCAGAGGAGACUGCAACUAGCUCGCCGCCUUUGGACAGACACCAAAGACAUGCAACACAUCAGAGAAAGUGCAACACUUGUGGCUAAGCUGGUUGGUUUCGUAGAUGAAGGUCAAGUGCCUAAGGAGAUGUUUGUUGGUCCAAGUAUCACUACUAAAAGCAUAAACCGAAGAUCUUAUAGCUGGAAAUCAAGCAUGUCGAGGGUAUCCUAAUGCUUUUGACAUGUAAGUGUAUAGAUUAUAAUCUCACUCUUUUACAAUAACAAACU